GCGAGAAGUAUUCAUCAAUUUAGGGCAUUCUCUUCAGAAAGGGCCCAUGAAAUGGAUAGUCUCAAGGAUACUAAAGUCCUCCCAACCUAGCCCAAGCCCAUACCAGUCACCAGGUUAUGCAGAAUUCGAACCUUUCAAUGGGCUCCGCCUUUCGUUGGAUGACCAGAGCCUUCUUCAUCACUGCGAGACCACAACAUGUGAGAGGCUGGAAGCUAGACUGACCAUCAAGGACAAACGUGUAUGCUUUUAAAGCGUUCGGGCAGCCUAACGGCCCCACAUUCCUCCCCUUGAGCAACGUUUACGUACCUAUUGACUUGUCGGAUCAAGCAUCGACACAUGCAACACUGGCUCAUGCUGCAAGCCAUAUGGCAUAUCUUCAUGGAAAGCCUUCCUCUAUCUCAACACUAUCUCAUAAAAGUGCUGCGAUCAAGUUGAUCAACGAGUCUCUCAAAGAUCCCGAAGUUGCAAUCUCCGAUGGCAAUCUUGCUGCGGUUUUGUGUCUGCUCACUUUCGAGGUAAGACACACCUUCAAACUAGCGGCCAAUAUCCCUGCUGUCCAAACUUCUAGCUUGGUUUUUUCCUUCUUUUUCUUGGAACCUGACCUUGCCACAGAGUUUUUGGGAGGCUGAAGAUACAAUGCGGUUGCAUCAAAGGAGACUAUCUCAGCUGGUAAAGCAAAGGGGAGGUCUGGGCACGCUUCGUGGAAAUUGGAGAAUAGAAAUGAGAAUACUUUUAGGCAUGUUCUUGUACCCUGAGCCGCAUUUCCAAAUACUUAUAAAUAAAGUACCACUAGUCUUCAAAUAUCACCAUCCUCCGCAAGCUUUGGGCUGGGUUUAAUCGCUUUAAACAAUUUUAUCCUCCCCCCC